CUUAAAGUUGAAAUUGAAUUGAUGCAACAAAAAAAACCACACCUUUUCUUUAAAGCAUAUCGUGCAAUCUGCGUUAACUACAACAUACCGCCAGGUUUUAAGAUGUCUAACUGGGUGAAGGUUACUCGAGGUCAGGGCCACAAGCCGGCUGCAAGUGCAGGGAACCGCCAUGGUCCUGGGAAGAUUCCAUUCCUAUUGAACAUCAAGCCCUACAAACCCUACAGAAUGAGCCCAUAUCCAGUGCGAGAUGAAAGAAAGGAUGCUUAUAACGACGACACACGCAAUUUUGAAGAGUUACUGGACCAACAGUAUGACUGUUCAUCUAGGACUGAGGACUACUAUGAAAGAUACCAGUGCUCCCAGAAUGCACCCAGCAAGAAUUACACUCAGGCUGACAGGCGCAGCUCAUUCUAUCAGCAAUUCUACAAACAGAUUCAGGACGAGUAUGACAAGCAGAGGCCAGCGGACUGUGUCAUUUUGUCUGUGACGAAGCAACAAACGGAUUAUGCAAAAUCGAUAGGCCACCGUUUGCAGAAGCGUGGUCUUGUGGUGGAAAUGAUAUACCUGCACUCGGAAUCAGGUCUCACCCGCGCCCUUCAGGAUGUCCGAAAUGACGGUUCCCCCUUUUGUAUUCUCGUCGAGCACUCAAAUGUAGCGCUUUCCUCUUGCACCGUAAUCAUAUUUUACGAGUCUCUCAAAAUUCAUCGCAACAUGCCCUCGGAGCGCGCCAUGGACUUCGUGGCCGCGGAGCACGGGCGCGUGCAGGCUGAGCGCUCCGAGAAGGAGCGUGAGGAAAUCUCCUUGAAGGCAGCGGAUCUAGCGGACGACUAUCUGGAGCGUGAGAACUGCGACAAGCACAGCCUUCCCCUGAGCACUCGCCACCUCCUCUUCCUGAUGAGCGAAGGGAAACACUUGUACCUGGAAGAGCUGAACACCAUCGAGGAGUACGUGAGGACGAGGAAAGAGGAACUCGAAGCUGUGCCAGCAGAAAGUGAUAAUGGAUUCAACCCUGGAAUGAGGAAACCAGCUCCCGGUGGCCUGAGCAAACCCCCUCCCCUUCUCCCGACGCCCGGCAGACCCCCGCUCCUGGAGCACCCCUCCCAUUCCCAGGCAAAGCCAGUCCUUCUGGGGGACCGAGCACCGGGACCCUUGCUCCCAACCCCAGGUUCAUACCCCAUAUCCAAGCCCCCUCCCCUGCUGUCUAUGCACUCGCGACCCACGCACGGCCACGGCCCCUUGCCACCCUCAAAGCGUCUCUUACUGGGUGAUAAACCUGGCCUUCUGCCUACCCCAGGUGGUCCAUCCAGACCCAAUCCGCAGCGGCGCUAACCGAAGCAUACAUGCCUGGAAAUUGCCAAAAUCAUCACUGCUGCAUUGGAAGCAAAGUGUUACAGAAGUGUCACAAUUGGGCAGUACUUGUACAUUCCAGGAUCAAUGGAAUCGUUGCAAUCCUUUUGUUACAGUGGAGGCCCCUUUUUAGUCUUCUUAAUAGUGUUGACAGUGUUUGUUCAUUAGAAGUGUAACUGGUUUUUAUUUUUUGUAUUGGUAUUUACUUUGUCCUGGAUUUGUUUUUGUUUGUUUUUUUUAAUCAUACUUGUGUAAAAACACUAUUUUUCCUCCUGCCUUUGGUUUAGUAAAACAAGCCUAUUCUCACAGAGCGUACAAAAAUGUAUACUGUGGAAUAUCCGUCCUUUUCUACAACAAAAAGGCAGAGAAUCCAAUUUGAAACGGCAGCUUGGUCAAUAGUCAGUAUUGCAAGUUGGAAAAUGGAUCUCCUUGAAGCCUGUACUGAAGUUGGGGCUUCAAGUUUGAAGAACCAGAUUUCAUAAGUCUGAGUGAAAUACAUUUUUGUUGAGGUUUUUAAA